AUGGGCACAUCGAUCCCACGCAAGACUCGCGCGGCUCCACUGCUGCUACCCUCUACACCAUCCGUUGUGCCUGCUGGGGUAGAGACUAGUUCGCGACUGCCUACGCCGGCGCCGACUGUCUCACGCGCACCGGGGAUGCGACCUUUUCAAAUCGACCUCCUUCACCUCGCCUCGGACUUUUCAGUGGGCGAUCUGCCGUUUGAUGUGGCGGAAGUGCCUACGUUUGAUCGCAAGACCUGGACCAGACUCGCAACGCAUCGGUACCAGUUCCAAGUGGCGCCCAAGGAGGACGAGAGGGCAGAGUGUAGCGAAGCUCUGCUGAGCCAACUGCGAUACGCGUUCGGAAUCAGCGCAUUUGACAGUGGUCUCGAACCCUCGAUUGCCUAUCCUACCGUCGCUCAUACAAUCCACCGCUUUGUCGACAUCACCUUCUAUUCAAAGCAACACCACGAUCGAGCUCGCAAUGCGCUACUGCACUGGAAGACGGUCAAGUUGACACCGUGGUUGCAUGCAGCUUUCGUUCCGCAUCCAUGGUUUCCCAUCCAGUUCACCUAUCCCAAGGAGUACGUGCAUAACCACGCCGACUUCUUUCCAAAGGUCCAUGCUGCACUGGUCAGGUCGGACUUCGGCAAGAUGGGCAAGCUCGUCGCAGCCUGGGUCAUGCCCAAUGGUUACCCGCAUUCCGUCGACUUUAUCCCACAAAGAGGGGAGCGCGAUGAACAGCCGCAGUUUGUCGUCGUGCUCAAAAGCAAACAGGCUCAAAGACCGCAGGUUCGAUUGCCGCCCUAUGUCAACGUCGAGGGCACAUGGGUCAAGGUCUAUUGGCCCGAUCGUCCCAAACUGUGCGAUUACUGCAAGGCCGCCGACGACGGACACCUCAAUGAUCAAUGUACCAGGAGACCACGAAAAACCCUGUAG